CUUCUGACGCAAACAACAAAACAAACAGGAAACAAGUAGUAGAUUCAGAAAACUACAUAUAUAAUUGCUAAAACCAUGUACAUGAUUCAUUCAACGUCGACAUGGACAAGGUACGAGGACAAGUUAUUCGAGGAGGCUUUAGUUAUGUACCCUGAAGGUGUUGUUAACAGAUGGCAGAAAAUUGCAAUUCAUGUUCCUGGUAAGAGUCCUGAGGAUGUUAUGGCUCACUAUGAUGCACUUGUCCAUGAUGUGUUCGUGAUUGACUCGGGACGAGUCGACAUCCCGAGUUACAAUCAUCGUUCUUCCGAGUGGGAGCCUGAAUCUGGAACCAGAACCAGAACCAGUCAUAAUAUCUCUUUUGAAUCAAAUUACAAGAACCAUGCUGAACAGAUCAGGAAAAAGGGCACCCCUUGGACCCCAGAAGAACACAGAUUAUUCCUUAUUGGGCUGGAGAGAUAUGGAAAGGGUGACUGGAGAAGCAUUUCAAGAAAUGUAGUGGUAACAAGAACUCCUAUGCAGGUGGCAAGUCAUGCUCAAAAAUACUUUAAGAGACAAGAGUCAAUGAAAAAGAAAGAAAGGAAAAGGUCCAGCAUUCAUGACAUUACAGUGGAUACCAAUAUUCUGCUUCCUCAAAACAAUAACCAGAAUCAAGGAGUCUAUCAGAAUUACAACUUCCCUUUGUAA